CCUAUUUUCAUACCCUUUCGUCUUCUUAAUUUUCCUCUUCAAAGGCCGUCUAAGUUCUGGCUGAUCACAUAAUAAAAAUUUCAAUAAACUUCACAACAACUCAAAGCUGCGAAAAUUGAAGGAAUAUAAAUAAAGAAAAAAGAAAGAUUUUCUCAAAUGGGUCUUGUCACUCUAACUCUCCAAUGCAUGGAUUUUCUAGCUUGGCCGAUACUUGCUCUAGGAUAUCCUCUAUAUGUGUCUAUUCGAACCAUUGAGACUGGCUCCAACUAUGACUUGAAGAAGCUAGUAACAUAUUGGAUCAUCUUUUCUUUUAUUUAUCUGUUCGAGCAAGUUUUUGAGAAUCUUAUUAAAUGGGUGCCUCUGUGGCCAUAUAUAAGAUUAGUUGCUAUCUUUUGGUUGGUGAUACCUCAGUUCAAUGGGGCAUUCUACAUUUACCAAAAUAUUAUUCUUCCAUGUUCGAAAGUAAAACUGCUUGAUGUCAACCUAUAUAAUGUCACUGAAUGGUUUAAUGAGCUAAAGAAAGAUUCAUUUAUCAAGAAAGAGAAGUUUCUGGCUGUAGCAGACAGGUCUUUUGAAGAGAAUGAAUCUGAACGUCUGGCAAAACUUACUGCAAGCAAGCCCGAGUGCAAUGGGGAUGGCCUGGUUUUGGGAGAGAUCGAGGUAAUGGAGUGCACAGCAAAAGGUGAUGCAGCUGAACCAAACCAGGUUGGAACUAUGGUUGAAAAACUAGUUCAGAUUGAGAAGAAAGCAAGUUUAGCUAUACAGGUCUAUGAACCAACCAUUCCAGUAAGUGCUGAAUUGAUCAAAAUCCCAGAGACUCCUUUUGUACAAAAAUUCCAGGAUAAGUGGACUUGUGCAAUAUGUCAAGUGACAACCAGCUCUGUGUUUACACUACAAUCUCAUAUUCGUGGGAGAAGACAUCGAGCUGAGGCUAAGCUAUGGUGCCAUUUCUGUAACUUGAGGUGCUCUGGAGAGAUUGAUAUGAUUGCACAUCUUAAGGGGAGGAAGCACUUGGCAAAAAUUCAAGAAACUUUUGCUGGUGCUAAUGCAGGAGCUUCUUAGAGUAUUUCCAUAUUUGGCUUUUGGUUCAAAUUAGGGCAUACCUAUAGACAGAUUUGUUCUGGUGGUCUAUGUCAAUAGGUGACAUAUCAAUUUAGUAUAUGGAUCAGUUAUAUUCACUGACAGUUUAAGAAUUUUACACCAUCAAUAUAAUAUAACCAGCUGACUAUAGCUAGUUAUUACUACUAUAUUUUCAAGAUAGUGGUCAUAGCAGGUUUGCUAUGAAAAGUUACCUAUUGUCAUAGGUAGACUUAAUCUAUGAUGGUGUGAAAAAAUUCCAAACUGUCAGUGUGCAUAGAACUCAAGCUUUUAAUAUGUAUUAUCUGGUAGCAUCUAAAGCUUCUUAAUGCUACUUAGUCAGCCUUCUGUUA